AUGCUAAUUACCGCCAACGGCACUCGCCCCGCCCUCCUUAAAGGGUCCGCGUCCCGCUCCCGCCAGAGUCCUGCGCCCCCCAGAGGAUGCUCAGAUUCCACACACGCCCCCGCCCGGCGAAUCCACACGGGGACCUUGGCUGCGGCGGCCCGAAGGAAGGCACUUCUCGAGUGUCCCCGGACGGCCCCCGGGGAGGCGGAGGCCUGCGAGCGGGAGCACAGAAUUCGGAGCUCGGGGCCGCUCCCCGGGGGACGGACCCCUCCUCUCCCUUCAGACCGCGCGAACGCGGACCUCGAGCUGAGCACGGAUUCGCGGUCACUGGUGGGGACCCGGAGCGGCAGCCGCAGCGCACCCGGCGGACGCUUGGGGGAGCCUUUGCACCGUGGUAGAAAGGAGGUGGGGGCUGGGUGGGCGUGA